AUGCCUGAAGGUAUUGUAUUUUAUUUUAAUUUUAUUGUGGUUGUGCUAUAUUUAUUGCAAAUAUUGUAAAAUAUCUGUUUGGUUUGAUUCUAGACACACAAACAUUUUCAAAUCCAUAUGCCCCAGCUUCUGGUGGCAUCAUGAGAAUGGACUCGAUGGAAGAUGAUGGGUAAGAAUUUUAAUACAUAAUUUAAAACAUCACUAACUUUUUAUGGGUAAAUCCAUGCUAAUAUAGACAUUCAUAAAAAUAUUUUUCAAAAAAAUGUUAAAACAACUAGUUAUUUUGAUACAUACUCAGGGGCAAUAACAAAGUUAGUUUAGAUUACCAGCGUUUCAGAUUUAAGCCUGCCGCACACAAGAGCAACUUGCUGAGCUAACCGUCGAGUGGCAGCUAGCUCAGCUAUGUAUUUUCACCGCACAAAUUGGGAAAACUACUCAACAACAACAUAAUUAACAAAAUUAUUUGCAUUUUCCUCCAUUUUGUUCCAUGUCACAUGAAGAAACUAUGGUUUGUCAUUGGCUAAUUGAUUCAAACAGCUCAGCACUUAGCUCACAAUAUCCGCAGACGCUGAGAUUUUUUCCUCGCGAGGUGAAAAAUAUCAAACAUGAUAGAUAUUUUCCUCAAGGCCUCGAGAGGUCAAAUCCUCACGAAAACUAUCCGCACACAAGAGCAACUUGCUGAGUUAUCUGCCACGCGAGGCGGUUAGCUCAGCAAGUUGCUCUCGUGUGCGGCGGGCUUUAGGCCGGGUUUGCCGGGUCUUCAUCACAUUUCGCCAUAGCAGAAGAAACAAAUAACCCUUGAAUAAUUUGAAAUUCCCCAACACAUGUUUUGAUACUCGUUUUGUGCGAAACUAGAAUAUUGAUAGCAAAAAAAAAUAUAGAACUUGACAAUAUAUAACAGUGCUUAAAUAAAACGCAUGUCAAUGAAUUAAACAAAUAUAGCAUUGUAGCAAAGUACGGCAGGCUAUGUGCCUAAAAGGUCAAUCGCAGGUCAAGUGACUUUAUGUAGAUUUAAUAUAUCAAUAUGGACGGAUUAACUUUGAGCAGCUUCCUCCUGAUCCAGAAUCCCCGUUAUUUCAGUUUUAUGGUGAUAAAGAAAUCGAUUUUCUUUGAAUCUGAUUUCCAAGAUCAAGAGAAACAUCUUCGUGAAUGGCGAUCUUUCAAAUUUGAACUAAUAGAGCUUAGGAAGAAAUGGCUUCAUUUCAAAGACCAGGUUAUCGAAAAUAAACUAAAGUUGAAGUAUACAGCAAUGGAAUGGGUACUUUGUCAGAUUUUGGAUCAGUUGCAGGAAGAAUUUAUUCACUUUGUGGCAAUAGCAAAGACAGCUCUUGUUGCACCAGUCUCAAAUGCAUGGUCAGAAUAG